CAUACCGCUGCUUCUCUCCCCACUCACGUCCUUCGCCGUCCUCGCUCUCCGCUCCAAGGCCGCCUUACACUCUCGUCCGGCUCUCUUUUGGCAUCAUCUCACUCAUCCUUUCUCUUUCUUUCCCUCUCUCUCUUUUCCUUACUCUGCCUUACCAACCCUCUUCUUUCUUUCUUCGUCUACCCUCCUCGAACACCCUACUCACCCUCCUCUCUUUCCGAAUACCAACUAUUUGUUACUCGUUCAGGCUCUCUCUUCCCCCCCCCCCAAUCCUUACCCUACUGCCAUGGGUUUGGGUGCCUCUCGGAUUCCGUUUGCUCUUCCUUAUGCAAACUCCCUCUUUACCUCUCCUCUGUUCUCCAUUGUUUGAUCCUAUGGAACGGGGUUUCAACCCGUCCUUCCGUGUAUUCGGCCACUGACCCGCAGCUUCAACGCUGCUUGUCGUCCUUGUUCCGGAUCCCCCAAGACAAUUCAUUCCCUCCAAUUCCUCGUUACCCUCCGAAGAUCGGACGCACAGUACAACCUUCGCUCUUGCUGUUUUACCAUCUCCCUCAUUGCUCCUCCCACCCUCCGCCUCUCCUCGUCCUCAUGCCGGCACUGGACGUUCCCGAGACCGGGGUGUCUCUCUGCAGAGACAACCCGGCCGCUAAGCCUCCCCAGAUCAUGCGAUUGAAUCUGGCCCAGAACACUCUCGACGACCUGAUCCAAAGUUUACGAAACGACCAGUCCGCUCGAGUCCGUCUAGGGAAGCACCCGGCUCUCUUCUACGGCUCCAAAUCCCAACCCUUCCACUCGUUCCCCGAAUCGCUUCCCUCCGAGAUCUACCGCGGCAGCUCCGCUGACAAAGAGAACCUAUAUUUCACGGGCCUUCUGAGCCACAGUUUGGAGGUGGAAAAGGCCAAGGAGGCGACCGCGGCCACCGAUCAGGCCCUGGCCAACCUCGAACAGAGCUUGAACGCCUUUGAAAGAGGGAAGGAAUCCAAGAAGACUCAUAUGAUUGAUGACGUUCGAGCUUUGCGAGCGGGUGACGGUCGGUCCACCAGCGGACGCCAGGCCGCGCUCUUGGCUGGCCGAUCGUCGGGCAAAGCGGAAUUGGAGAAAGACCGGUUGCUGAAAAACAAUGCCCCCAAUCGCUCCGUCUCCUCCAGUCCGGCCCUAGGCGUGGCUCGUUCUCCUGCCUCGAUUCCUCCCCUAACACCUACCUCCGCGCCGCUUUCGCAAAGUCGGGAUCGCAUUCGCCUCGAAGCCCUCAAGACUCCCUUCGUUCACCUCCUCGCCGUCCGUGCCGUUUCUACCAAAUUCCUCGCUCGUCAGACCCGCGCGUCUCUGGAAGACUGUGCCGCCCUCGCCCAGCAAUACGGCGUCAAGAAUCGGAUCAACCCGGAGAAGUUUGACCUUAAGGAUCGAACAUAUAAAGAGCUCGACGUGUGGAAGUUCCCGUACCCGUCCCAGGAAGAUCGCCAGGAGGCCAUUGAGAAUGCGAUCUCAGCAUUUGAUCGGUUGCGAAUCUCUCGCACCGACAAGCUCUGGCAGAUGCUGCUCCCCAAGGAAGAACGGGGUCAAGGUAAAUGCCUCUCGCGACUGAACCUGCAGACGGGCCCGAAGAAGAAGCCGGAAACUCCCAAGAUUCAGGUACAAAGCGCCGAUGACGCUAGCAAAGAGGGGUACACUACUGGCCCGGAUACCGACCGAACCGGUGCAAGUGUCUCUACCGCCAAAAGCGCGGAGCCCACAUCUGCUCCCAAGUCUGUUGUAGGGACGCAGAAGAAAAAAGCUGUCGAGAAGGAUGCCGUCAAAAAGCCGGCCGCCAAGGCCAAGACCGCGGCCAACAGCACCUUGACUGGUCGGAUCACCAAAAAGGCAGAAAAGGAAAAGAAGCCGGUGGCGAAACCAGACGGCAAAUUCAAAUCAGCGGAGUAUGUCAAUGAUUCGGACGACGAUGAUACGGACAUGCCAGAGGCACCACCGCCAGAGAAGUCCAAACUUGAAAAGACCAAGACCAAGCCUAAGCCCGCAAGCAAGCCGAUCGACGCCGCUCCCCGAGAAGCCUCUCAUGCUCCGACGCCCAAGGUGGAUGCUCCCGAGUUUCCACCGUCCAAGUCGGAGCCCGCCUCGCAAACCUCCAAUAAAUCUGUCUCGUCGAAGCGACUGCCAUCCGCUCGGGCUCCGGGCCAAAAGUCUCCCCAGAAGCCGUCGCCGCUUGGCUCUUCGCCGCCGACCAAUGCCUCCGAGCUGCAAAAUCGCAGUCGUUCGUCCAGUCAAAACAACUCCUCCAGCUCUUCGUCCUCCUCCCCACUGAUCACGCAGAUCGCCAAGCAAAACAAAGCCACCAAGACUCUACCCACCCCCGCGAAGCCGGUCAAGACUAACGGGAUUGUGAAGUCGGCCCCGGCGGUCAAUCCGUUGAAGCGGAAGGCUGAAUUGGAGCGACCGGUGGUGACGCGACCUCUCGCGGCGGGACGGACCACGGGAGACUUGGAGCACAAGCGCCGACGGGCCGUGAGCACGUCGAGCGGCAGUACUGGCAGCGCGUCGCCUCCCCUCAGCCGGGAAAUUCUUCUUCAGCAGCUGCGAGAGAAGUCGCAAUUGUUCAAGCAGAACUAUGCCAAAUACCGCACGUUGCACGACUCCAUGGCGGCCCAUCCGGAUCCCCCGCGGGCGGAUUUGGAACGUUUGCAAAGGCAGCACGCCAAGUUGCAGCGCAUGAAGAAAGAGAUCUGGGACGAAGAUCGACGUCUGCGAGACCGGUUAUAAUCACGCUUUUGCUAUUUGUUCACCAUGGUUUGAACAGUCCAGGGAUCCACGGAACCGAUUUGCAUUAUAUUUCCCAUUUCAUUGCACAGUUUAGCAUGACGAAGCCCACAUAUAUCUCCCACACGCUUCGAGGAGUUUCUGAUGGAUAUGUUUUUCCUUGAUUAAAUGUUGAUGUUUUUCCUUUGUCUGAUCAUUUACAUAUUUGCAUCUCUUGUCACUGUUGUACUAGCCCAAACAUGUGCAUGUAAUUCAAUCAAUCAAAAUUUAGAGAUCUGUC